CCUCAGUCUUCAUUGCUCUAAAGAGAUAGAAAGAGAGUUGAAAGUUCAGAGAAAAGCAUGGUGGAUGAAUUCAUGGUGUGUGUGGAUCGAAUAAUAGCAUCAUCAUGCUUUGAGCCGGUGAAUGAGAGAGAAAGGCUUUUAGGAAGUGGUGCUGGUGGUGGGGAAGUGGUAGUUACCACUGACAACUAUGAGAACAACAACAAUGGAGUAGUCACUCUAAACAAAGGCAACAACAACAACAAUGGUGGUGGUGGUGAUGGUGGAGAGGGUUGUUCAAAUGCUGUAAAAGAUUGUAGGAUAUGUCAAGAGGAAGAUGAAGAGCAUGAAAUGGAAGCUCCUUGUGGCUGUAAUGGAACCCUCAAGUUUGCUCAUAGGAAGUGCAUCCAGAGAUGGUGCAACAAAAAAGGCGACAUCACUUGUGAAAUCUGCAAUCAGGUUUUUUCACCGAACUAUACUCUCCCUCCAGCUAGAUGCAAUGCUGAUGUAAUGGCAAUUGAUAUGAGAUCCAAACUGCAGAAGUGCAGAGUGUUGUUGUUUAAAAGCCUCAUAUUGUGGGUGAGCGAAUUGCACGAGCUGGUUAGAUGCCUGGGCAGAGUGCAUGUAAACUGCCCUCCCCUCUCUACUUUUGAUGCAGCCUCUCUGAAGCCUCAAAUGAGCAGUACUCUAUUUGGCCUUGCUAUUAUCAUAGCAUUAUCUGCAAUACUGAACCUGGGCAUAGCUUGCUAUGGAACCCGGCAAGCAUGGGGCUCACACAUUGAUUUUCGAGAUCCUCAUUUUCUGGCUUUCACUGCAGCUGAGCGUCACUUUUUGCAAUCAGAAUACGAAGAAUACACGUUUGCAAAUAGUGGCAGCCUAGUGUGUUUCCGCUCCGUGGCUAUCAUUUUCAUACUAGUCUUGCUGAUACGUCAAGCUAUGAUGGUCACAAGAGACUUUGUGAUGGUGCAGGAGUCAACAUCAUUAUUUAAUCUGGCUGGUUUUCUUUUGCCAUGUUAUGUGAUGGCCCGCACAUGGUACAUCAUACAAUGCCGAAGGAGGAGACAG